AUGAAGGAUUUCUUGCCGUCAACUGUUUGGCGAGAUCCAGGGGAAUCCGUAUCCCCAAAUGAAGUAAGGGAAGAAGAAGAGAAAGGAGAGGUGUUUUCAGCGUUCAUGAGAGGAGGUGGUUGCAAGGAACCAUUUACUGACUGGGAAGAUUGCACUGAUGAAGCUACCAACGUUGGAGUCUUUGCGAUGAUGACCAAAUGUAUGGUAUGGAUGCUCACUGAUCACUAUCGUCCGUUUCUUGCGGCCAAAAAAACUGCUCAAGAACACAUAGAGAAGGAGCUUCAAGCCUUUCUCUCGAAAGAAUGA